AUGGCAACUGAUUACAAUGCUACAUUCAGCAAUACCUAUGGAGGAACAUUAAAGCCAGGCAUGCAUUCCUCUGAAGAUAGGUUCACUGGAACUAUGAAAUCCUUUAUUUUCACUACAUCUGGAAAAUCCGCUAGUUUUAAGAACAGACCUAAGACUACAUUUCAUUUAAGAAGAUUAAUGAAGAAGCCGAAGCAUAAGAUCUUAAAGACAAAAUAUUUUAACCAUGAAGGAAGUGUACAGUACAAAAGAGAUAAUAGUCCUUUGACAAUGGAGGAUAAGUUCUCACUUUUUGAUGGUCCAUGGCUCUCAACUUUGAGAGAUAGGUCCCAGAGCUGUAAUACUGGGAAGUUACCAAAGAAAAAGUCUAAACCUCUUGAGACUACUGUACCAAAUCCUCCUAGCUUUUAUGAUGAUGAUCUCCAGAAAUGGGAUAAAAAGUUUAAAGAAAGUGUAAAAGAACGGAAAAUCUUUAAAAAUACAGUCCUGAAGGAUUCCAAAGUAGAUUUGGAAGCCCGUCCAGAUGAUAAGGUGAUGCAACUGGUGCAGAAAAGGAGAAAGAGCAGACUCAGUAAUAACAACUUCACUAUUAUCGACUUUGAGACUAAAGGUCUCAAUUCAUCUUCACAUUUGGUUAAGCUUGGAUCAAGAGGAAGUCCUAAUAAAGUCCAACUCAAUUUUGAAUGAAACCUGAGAGAUUACAAAUGAAAAACUGAUGUUAAGCAUUCUAGAGAAUGGAAAAAUGCCUUCCAAAAGGAUCAUUCAAAGUCUUCACAUAUUUCAGAUAAAAUUCUACAUAAAAAAUACUUUGAAACCUCCUCUCGCUAAGAAGCCCAAGAAAAUGAAAAUUAAUCUCAAGAAAGUAGUGAACUCAAGAGAGGCUAAUGUAAACAGUUCUCUCCCAUUCUUCGGGAAGGGGUUUAGCAAAUCUUCUAAUGGAUGGACUGUAGGACUUCGCUCUUACCACCCUGACCACCACUCUGCAUUCAAGUUCACUCACAGCAAAUUUCACAUUUCCAACCUAAAAACCACCCCUCUCAUUACCAAAAAGUCCACGUAACUCCUUCCUUUCAACCACUUC